CACGUCUGUAUAAAGAGCGAUGCUUCUGAAGCUAAAAGUCAUUAAGGUGCCAAAAACAAAGUGACACAAUGAAGCUACUUUCAAGAAUACUGAUACUGACCUGUUUGUCUGUGGCCUUAACAAGACAAGUCGACAGAAGCAACUCCAAAUCCAGAUUCAAUCAAAAUCAGACAUGGAAUACAAAACGGUUCCCAGUGUGGAAAGAUGGAGACCCACGCUACAAGAACAGCUGGACAGGAGGUCAGCUGAGUUUUGAUGUGGGAAAUGAUGCACCCACUUUGACUGGUGCCAAAAUCACCUUCACCAUUGACAUUGUGUUCCCUCACAACCAGAAGGUCCUGCCAGAUGGACAAGUUGUUUGGGCAAAAAAUUGCACAAUAAAUGGCACACAGUUCCACGAGGGUGAGCCUGUCUAUGCUGAGGAGAACUCUGUAGGUGAAUGGAACGCUGUGUUCCCUAAUGCUCCUCUCCUUUCUAGACAAGGGGACAAGUAACCUCCAUAUGUGUUUGUGUGGAAAACCUGUGGUAAAUACUGGCAGGUGUGCGACGGCCCGUCCUCAUCAUUAACCAUCGGAACUGAUGACGUUCCUCUUGGCUCUUACAUGAUGGAUGUUGUCAUUUAUCACUACAGGCAAAAAGAGAAAUUCAUCCCGAUUGGAUAUGCAUCCACACAGUUCAGUAUCACCGACCAGAUUCCCUUUGCGGUUUCCCUGACGCAGGUGAAUGACAAAGAUGAAGGUGAUCGGAAAUUCAUCAAGAACAGAGCAGUGGCCUUCGACAUCACCCUUCAUGACCCCAGCCAAUACCUGGGCAGAUCAGACGUGACUUUUAACUGGAACUUCGGCGAUGGCAGUGGCACUGUAAUCUCCAGGGAACUCAGCGUCACACAUACCUACACUGCAGCUGGAGCUUUCAAGCCCCAAGUUGUCGUUCAAGCAGCUAUUCCGGAUUCAUCUUGUGCCACUCCACCAAACCUUCCCACUGAGGCCCGUCCCACCACCAACACCCUCACCUCUGAGAGCCCCAUCCCCCUGAAUGAACACAUCACUGAAGAAACACCAGCUGCUGACAAGGAGGUGAUUGCGGAGGAAGACUACAUUGCAAACCAGGCCCAUAUAUCAACAAUAAAGCGUCAGGCUCCAAACACAAAUGACUGUGUGAUUUACCGCUAUGGAUCCUUCUCAACUGAUAUUGAGAUUAUUGAGGGCAUUGAGAGUGUGCAGAUCGUCCAGGUGGCUGUACCUGAUGGUUUUCUGCUAACGGAAAUAGAGCAGAAUGCUGUUGAUUUCACAGUUUCCUGCCAAGGAAGCCUCCCCACUGAAGUGUGCACUGUAGUAUCGGAUGCUGACUGCCAUGUGCCAGUCACGACCAUCUGCAAUGCUGUUAGCCCCUCCUCAGACUGCCAACUCAUCCUUCGACACUACUUCAAUGACUCUGGGAUCUUCUGUGUCAACGUGUCAAUGACAAAUGAUGUCAGUUUGGCAUUCACAAAUGCCAGGGUUAAUAUUAACAUUGCAGGGUCCAGGUUGACAUCUGCAGGUGCCGCUGCUCUAUUGUUGGGAAUCCUGACUAUUGUAUCGGCAAUAGGUGCUGUGGCUUUUGCAUAUAAGCGUCUUAAAGGGUAUCAAAGGCUGACUGAGGAACCUGCUGCAUGCCAAUCCAAAGACACUGGCGUCAGCUCAAUGCCAGUGCUCUUCUGGAGCCUGGUAAACCAGCAGACGCACAAUCAGAAAAAAGGAGUAGUGUGAAUUUUCCUUUAAAACUUUACAAUUCAAAUUUGAAGUUGCAUUAGCGCUAUUCUGAAUAGUGUAAAAGCAUAUAAACCUUUUUUUUUACCAUCUCAUUUUUUUAAAUCUUUAAUAUUUGAAUUGAGAUUUUGUAUUCUUUUAUACACCUAUUUGAACCAAAAUCCUUUUUUCUACAAAGUCAUGUUUUUCAUUACACUACAUAGAAUUUUGUACUGUAAUUUUAAUCGGAAAAUUGGCCAACAAGCAUUUAAGCAAUUGAAUAAAAUAUCACAAA